AUGAACCUCGACGUUCCAUCUGGAAGGAGGAAAACCAUCAAGUUCCGAACGAGAAAUUUCUCAAUUGAAGAUGAAAGGUAUUGGAUUCAACCAUCACGAUGUACAUCCGUCGAUAUGUCAUCACGAGAAAUCAUCAACAAACUGAACGAAAUGGAACAGGAAGUGAACUUUCAAAAGUGCCUUCUCCCCUGCACUAACCUUAUCCAAUUUCAGGAAAAACUCUUCAUAACAUAUGAUGUCAUUGAGAUAAAUCCAAAGUUUGCCACAGUCGGCGGAUCGAUUUUCGAAUUCAUCAACAACUCGAUGAGACCUGUUUUGAAAUGUCAUUUGAGUCAAGUGAAGGACACAAACAUGUUACAUCUAAUUGCUGCUUCUUUUUUCAAAAGGAGCGAUCUUCACGAGAUUUGGGCCAAGUGUGAAUACCCGAUUUUCGCCGGGUUGUUGGUGGUUUACGUCAGUAACAAAAUGAGAAAGCUGUUUUUGGAACAACACGAACCGGUUAUUGCAGAAGCUUUUGAGAAAAUUCAAGACACAUUCGACGACGAGUGCACCGCCCUUCUCGACCAAUGUUUCCAUAAUAGUGAACGUGACACACGCGCAGUUUUGGACACGAAUUAUCACUUAUUUAUCCAUACAGAUGGAUGCCCUUCGACUGCAGAGGAUAUGGAGGUUAUGGCGUUGGCGGCGGCAGCUAAAGCUAAAAAUUUCCUGUCGCAUCCUGCAUGUCAACGAGAAAUUGACUUCCGGUGGCAGCCGGGAUUUAAAUUAGGACAGAUGGCAUUCUGUCUAUUUUUCUUCUUCCCGCCGUUAUUUUUCCUUCGUGGACGACAAAGAAUCAAGAAACGAGAGAUCAAGACGAUGAUGGUCAAAAUGGAUAUGGCGGGACAGAUGACUUCGAUUACUUAUAGCAACUUUAUGAUUCGAGUCUACAAUUUUUAUACAUCGCCGAAUGCGAAAUAUGUGAUUCACACAUUAUUUCGAUUGAUUUAUGUGAUUUUUUAUGCUUAUGUACUGAUGACAAUGACAAGAAAGACAAUGGUUAUGAAUGAAUUGGAUGAGUUUUUGGAUGAAAUGGCUAUUAUUGUAUGGCAAUGUGCAUACCUCACGGAGAUGGCUGUUCUGGUUUAUCAGAGGGGAUUCUACAACUGGGCUGAACGAAAUACUGCGGAUCUCUACCGUAACUAUCUAGUUGCCAUGACAAUGAUAGCCUGGUCUUUGGCAGUUAUAGCUCCUCCUACUUGGCCUAUCCGAGCUUUUGCUAUCAUUUCUGCAGAUCUUUUCUUCUAUUUUUCGUUUGUCUUCGCCACGUUGAGACUGAUGAAAAUUGCAAAUGUCGACGCGUUUUUUGGGUCAAUUGUGCUAAUGAUAAAGAAAAUGAUUCCAAUCAUGGUCAAAUUCAUGUUCGUUUUCAUGGUAUUCUGGUUCACGUAUGCAGUGUGUCAUAUCAGUUUGGCAGGUCACUUGAAGAGUACACCGAAUAUUACAGAUGUUGUCUGGCCGUGGCUUCUUUUCAGCAGUGGAGCAUUUGAGAUUUUUGGAGAAGCCGAUGAGGAAGAUAAGUUGGGAACUGUCAGUAAAUGCUCGUCAGCGCCACUGAAUUGGGACGUCAUCACAGAUUCGUCGGUUCAAUGUUGGUUUAAGACAAGUAUGAUUCCAGUAUUCCUGUUCUGCUACAUGUUGGUCUCCAGCGUUCUUUUGGUCAACUUGGUCACCGCUCUCUUAUCGAAGAAAUACGAGGAUAUUGACAAAGUUUCACAUAUUUACUGGAAAUAUAAAUUGUAUAGUCGGUUGAUUGAGUGA